AUGCCCAGCAACUGCCUUCCCCCCGAACUUCUGAGCCCGGAGUUCAGGCUUUUCCAGGGCGUCGAGCUGGCGUGCGAUGAGCGGGCUACGUAUACGGAUUUGCGACACGGUUUCAACAUCAUCUUAAAGCGACUCAAAAUCACGGAAUAUGUGAUGGCGAUGGUGGAGGACCAGGUAGUAACGGUCUCCACACCAACAAACGGCCACUCUUGCGGGACGCUUCUGGCUCUGUACUCAGCCAAAGAUGUCCCUCGCGUAGCCCAAGCCUAUAUCUUCUCCCCUCUAUCAGCAGCAGGAACUGAGUGCUCUACUGGGGAAGGUAUUCUCCGGAUAUAUCUGAUCACUACAGUGCUAGCUGACACGGAGCUGCUCACAGCACAUGCUCAGGCCCAUGAUCCCGGCUGUCUUGAGACGUCACCCUCGCUGAAUGCCUGGACCUGGGCAAAGCUCCUUGUCGACGUAAAGACAAGAAGCUCCCUGGCGCCCUCGACAUUCCACCACACUCCUAGCACGUACACAGACCCAACAGAUGGAAACCAGUUCUGGGCUCGCCUCAGUGCACACGCGACAGAGAUGUGCUUCCGCCAACACCGAACGUCCGUGCCCAUGAUCUCCAUAUGUCACGACUACGCGCGGUUCCUCCGAUUCGACCCCGCCGGAGUCGUGAUGUCAGAGGCGUUCGACUACGUCGAGGAUCCGGAGCCCUUAGUCACCUUCCUCUUCCACUACGUGCAUGCAAGCCGUCGAGCACGCGGGUUCGACCCGACUGCGACUCUCGCUUCGCCCGACGAGCAAGAGGUGUUUCGGGCGCUAGCUCAUAAUGACUCCUUGCGUGGACAUGUGAAGGCUGCCUUGAAGGUGGCGGAUACCCCCCAUUGGCCACUCCACAAGCUCUCCUGCAGGGCGCCGUGGUCUCUUGAGGGCGAGGCGCCCAUGUGUGCGGAAAGCCCGAGCUCCACCCGCGAGUUCCUUGUCGGAAGGCCGUGCUACAGGAGCGACUCUAUGAUUGGGACAGCAACUCGCGCUUUCAUGGCGUACGACAUCGCGCGCCACACUGUCGUUUUCAUCAAAGGCUGCUGGAGGCCGGAUUUAGGGCCCAACCACCUGUCCGAGUACGAAGUAUACCUGAAGUUGCUGAGCGGGUCCCCCAUACAUAUACCGACACUGCUUGGCGGGGGCGACGUCCUCGACGAGGCCAAAAGGCCUCAACGAACGCUGAUCACGGAAUCGCGAUGGGAAGACACAAGCUCGGGCCGCAUCCACGCGCGUCUCGUGUUCAGAGACGUCUGCCGUCCGUUGGAGUCUUUCCGGGACACCCGCGAGCUAGUGUCUAUCGUGUAUGACGCUCUUCAAGCGCAUAAGGUUGCGUGGGAGAGGCAUGGAGUCCUGCACUGCGACAUCAGUGUGGGUAACAUUCUGAUCCUCGACGUACCGAAUAUCGAUAGCGCCGCACAUGGAUUGGACACCAAAGUGGUUGGCCUCCUGUGCGACUGGGACGGUGCAAGGACGCGAGCCGAGGUCGUUCAUCCAGAGGCCUCCGAGUCCCAAUUGACCCGCUUGGGAACCUGGCAGUUCGUGUCCGGCGGUUUGCUUUGGUAUCGUCGCAAACCCUACCUGCUCUCUGACGACCUUGAGUCCGUCUACCACGUCCUCAACUGGUGCGCGCUCAAGUACCUGCCCCACGAGCUCACGGACGCACCUGACCACCUCCGGAGAGCGAUGCAAGACUUUUACGAUACGGAUUUCGGCGGCAAAGGCAGUUUUGAAAAGUUCAAGCGUAUCAAAGGGGGGCAUCCAAGCAUUAUGCGCGUUUUCCGCCUGGACGAGUGGAGAAGGACGCCGUCGAAGGGCGAUUUGAAGGAAGUCAUGGGCGGGAGACCAGCCAAGGAGCAACGCGCGGGGUCUGGUGGAGGAGUGACAGACGUCGGCGCUGUCGAUCAAUACGACACCCUCUUGUCGGACGGACAGCUACCUCAUGAGAAGCCCCAGAGUCUGUUAGACCAUACGGACAUUCUGGGCGCAUUCUCUGAGAUGCUCGACCGGACGACAGAGUGGGGCGGCAUCGAGAAACUUUCGGACCAAGUUCCGCCCCAAAGUCUGUGCUCGUCCUGGACGCGCGUGAGGGCUUGA